UGUUGUGGCUGACUACGUUCGAAAAAUACGUCCAUUUCGCACCGACAACUUUCUUCUUUGCUUGCUCAGCUUCCUUCUCCAUAAUGCAAUGAACAUGAUUGAAACAGAUUCACGAACACAGAUGUCCAGAAUACUGUGGAAUUAUGAAAUGAAAACAGAGCUUUUUCGUAUUGGCUUCAAUGUGGAAGGCAUACCCGUGUUCGCCGGUCGACGUCACGCGCAUACGUCAUCCUCAGAGGCGUUUCGAACCGGAAGUUUAGCGGCAAAUUUAAAAUGUCACUUUAUAAGUUAACCCGGCCGUAUUGGCAUGUGUUAUAAUGUUAAGAUUUCAUCAUUGAUAUAUAAACUAUCAGACUGCGUGGUCGGUAGUAGUGGGUUUCAGUAGGCCUUUAAUAAUACUAACACAUCAUUAACAUGUUAGCUUAUUAGCUCAUGCUAACAACGGUAGUUUAAUUACAAUACAACAGCAUGUACAAACAUGCAUGAAAACUCCUACAGACAUCACACAUCGGACGGUUUAGUAACUAUGAAUUGUUUUAGUUAUAUUGUAAAACUUACAAAUGCUUCUCGGAGUGAUGAAUGAAGAAUCCGUACGAAUAGACACGCUAGAAGACGGAAAAGCACUUCUACUUCCGGUUGAAAGGACUAAAUGGAAGGACUUGUCUAAAAGAUGGCGCCAUAGCACAAACAUUAACACACCUUAUUAGUGUGUUUGCUUUGUUUUUUGGGUUUUUUAACUAUUUGCAUUAUGGCAAUCUGCAAAAAAAUUUUUAUAAAUUUUCUGCACUGUUUUAUAAGAUGCAGGGGUCAAAGCAUAGGGGAAAAAAUGGCUGCAUUAUGGCCAUCAGCAAAGAAAAAUUUAUAAAUUCUCUGCACUGAUUUAUAAGAUGCAGGCGUCAAAGCAUAGGGGAAAAAAAUAGCUGCUUAUAGUCCGGAUUUACGAUACUGUGGUGACUAUUCUUGAUCCGUCCUGAGCUGCAACGCACUACAUUAUAUGGGUCUCCAUUUCAUUUGUUUUGUAUUUGUCACGGCGCGGGCUCGAACUCGCUUUUCCCCGGCAGCUGGGUCUUCCAGCACCUCCGCUGGCAGCGCGCCGAGACACGCCCCUGCUUGCGCUGGCCGCGUCACGCCCACAUGCCUGCAAGGCUGUGGGCAAUCUGCACACCUGGGACCGAUAAGGGCGAGCUGGAUAAAGGACCAGUGGACCCAAGGAUCCUUGCUGGAACUUAGUUACCCUUUGUAUACCGAAAGCCGACAAGCCUUAUGCUCUCUGUCUCUCUCUGCGUUUUUCCCUCCGUGUUCUGAUGUCCUUGUUGUCCUCCCACAGUGCCUUCCUGAGUCUUACCCAUUGUGAUCUACCGUUGUUCCCUUGUGGAUUUGGACUGCCUUCCUUGAUCCUCGACCCUCGCCUGGACACGGACCUUGUCACUUCUCUCCUGCCCUCGACGGUUUGCUUGUGCACGGACUGCCUUACUGCUUAGUCCCUCCUCUCGCUCUCCUCAACACUAGACGUCCAGCAGCCCCCCCACGUUAAAGAGGAAGAGGAGGCUCCACAGCCCCCCCACAUGAAAGAGGAAGAGGAGGAAGUGUGGAUCAGUCAGGAGGGAGAGUGUCUUGUAGGGCAGGAGGAGGAUGAUGUCACCAAGUUUCCACUGACUGUUGUCUCUGUGAAGACUGAAGAGCAUGAAGACAAACCACCUGAGUCCUCACAGCUUCAUCACAGUCCAAUCAUCCAGCAGCAGCUUAAAAGUCAAGAACAAGGUGUCCCUCGAUUGCAGGGAGGGGGCUUCACUUUGUGGCGGGUAAAUGCAUGGGCCCCCUGUAUUAAAGAGGAAGAGGAGGAGCCACAGCACCCUCAUUUUAAAAAGGAAGAAGAGGAGCCACAUUCCCUUCAUUGUAGAGAGGAUGAUGGGUCACGUUCGCCCCGUAUUAAAGAAGAGGAGCCACAGCCACCUCAUUUCAAAGAGGAAGGGGAGGAGCCACAUCCCCCUUACUCUAAGGAGGAAGAGGAGGAAGUGUGGAUCACUCAGGAGGGAGAGUGUCUUCUAGGGCAGGAGGAGGGUGAUCCCACCAAGUUUCCACUGACUGGUGUCUCUGUGAAGACUGAAGAGCAUGAAGAGAAACCACCUGAGUCCUCACAGCUUCGUCACAGUGCAGGUGAGGAGAAGAGAGAGGCGGAGCCUCCAAGCAGCAGCGCAACACAACACAUGACAACAGAAGCUGAUGGAGACCACUGUGGAGGAUCACAAGCUGUCCAUGUUUUAGCUCCACUAUCAGAUAGUGAGGACACAACGUCGCGGGUUCAUGUAAAUAUGGAGUCACACACCAGAAAAAACCCUUUCAGUUGUUCAGUCCGCGUGGAAAGACUCCCGGUCAAAGAUUACAUGCCAUCGCACCUGAGAACGCACACAGGAGAAAAACAUUUCAGUUGUCCAGUGUGUGCUAGAAUCUUCCGUGUCAAGGGUAGCAUGCAGAGACACACCAGAACACACACAGGAGAAAAACCUUUCAGUUGUUCAGUGUGUGCGAAACGCUUGUGUGACAAGAGGAGCAUGCAAAGACACAUGAGAACGCACACAGGAGAAAAACCUUUUAGUUGUUCAUUAUGCGCUAAAAGAUUCUCUCAUAAAAGUAGCUUGCAAACACACAUGAGAACUCACACGGGAGAAAAACCUUUCAGUUGUUCAGUGUGCGGUAAAAGAUUCUCUGAAAAGAGUAAAGUGCGAAAGCACAAAAGAACACACAUGGGGAAAAAGCCUUUCAGUUGUUUGGUGUGCAGUAAAAGAUUCUCAGAGAAAGGUCACCUGCAGAGACACAAGAGAACGCACACGGGAGUAAAACCGUUCUGUUGUUCAGAGUGUGGCCGACGAUUCAGUGAAAAAGAAAGAAUGCAGAGACACAUGAGAACCCACUCAGGAGAAAAACUGUUCAGCUGCGUAGUGUGUGGUAAAAGAUGCUCUGACAAAAAUAGCAUUCAAAUACACAUGCGCACGCACACCGGAGAAAAGCCGUUCGGUUGUUCGGUGUGCGCCAAAAGAUUCUGUGUCAAAGAAAGCAUGCAAAGACACGCGAGAACGCACACAGGAGAAAAACCUUUCAGUUGUUCAGUGUGCGGUAAAAGAUACUCUGACAAAAGCACUAUUCAAAAACACAUUAGAAAGCACACAGGAGGCAAACCUCCCAGUUCAGUCUGUGGAAGUCCUCUUUAAAUGGACCUUAUAGUCAGUAAAGUGAAGUCCGGCUCAUUAAAUAUGUGUGGUGGUCUGUUCUCAAUGGGUACGAGGCACCAUUUUGCCUAUUCUUGAAGAAACAUGACCUAUGCGUGCAUUGGUUUCGGUUGUACGAACUGUUCGAAUCGCGAAAUGGAUAAAUGUUUCUUCAGAGUAAGGCAGGCUUAUGUUGUGCUAAAAUAAAUUAAGUAAAUUAAUAAUAUAAUAUAUGGCAGCACGGUGGAA